AUUGCUGAAUUAGGCCUAUAUCCUCUAAAACAUAAAGUGUUGUUUUUCCACUAACCAUCGAUCAAUAACAAAAAUUAGAAUAAAUUUGGGGUGUCUCAUUUAGGCUCUAAGCUCAUCCCUUUUAGUUAAAACAUUCAUUUUCAUUGGCUUAUUAUUGUGUGGUGGGAGUCGUUGUGUGCGCUCUGUACUUACGCAACAGAGAGCCUCUCUCUGCGGCUGGUUCGCGAGGCAAGGACGAAAUUAAAGCAGGCAUUUUUGUAUUCCAUUUUUGUCUAAUCCUACUGAUUUCUGAAGGGAUUACCGGACCAGUCAUCAUUGAGAGACCGCUCUGGCUCGCCUGACACUGCCUGGACCGGGAGCUGUGAGUGGAAGAAACACAACAUUAGGGUCUGGAAAAUCAUUAAGGAAUCUUUUGUUUUCUUUUUUUUUAUCCUGAGGGGAAAGUUGCUCCGUCUUCUUGCUUGACUACCGACCUGAGGAUGCGCAAUACAUCAUAUGCACGGUUGUCGCAGGUUGCAUGGACGGAUCUAUCUGGACUUUACUGUGCAUGACCAGCCAAUGGAGGAAGAGAAGGUGGUGGAUGAUAUCAAAGCAAAAUCCACUUCCCCUUUACCCUCUGGGCUUCCCAUUAACUGGGGGCUCAUUACCGGCCCUGUCCCUGAGCCUGUUUUCCCAGCAUCCUCUUUGGGCACCUCACUUCCCCCGCCUCAAAGUUCAGCUGUGCACGCUCUACAGACCAAGGUGAGAUCCCUCACUCAGAGAAGGACAAGAGCGAGAGACAGAGAGAAGGAAAGAGAGAGGUUGGACGCAGAGGUGCUGUUAAGCAGUCCAGCAGGGCAGAUUUCAUCUGAAGUCCUUCUCAGACAGAGGCCCAGAGGAAAGGGUCCGGUUCCACUGCCUGCAACCUCCUGGCGAUCAGGUGCUGUGAAGAACUUGAGCAGUAGCGAUGAGGAGGAGGAGGUAGAGGUGCAAGUCAGGUUGGAGAUUCACAGCCCUCCAGCUGAAGCACAAGGGCAGCAGGUUUUCCAAGAGGCGUUGGAAACUGAAGAAGAGAAGACAGAGAGAAAUGAGGCUCAUGUCAGUUUUCUGACAGGCCAGCCUUGUGGACUUGGGGAGGGCACCAGUCUGGAGAGCCUUCUGUCUGAUAACUCGAGCAGUAGUAAGGAUGAGCCAUCCCCUCUUCCUCCACUACCUUUGCUCUCCUGCUCUUCUGCCACCUCAUCUGCUUCUACAACAUCUUCCUCCACGUCUACCACAACAACCAGACACUGGGCACCUCCAAAGGGCUUCUGGAGAGUAGCUCGCCCAGAAACAUUGCUUCUAAAUGGUGUUGGCCCAAACACACCCUCCACUUUACCUUCAAAGGACUAUACUCAGACAGAAGCACCGGGAGAGCCUCAGAGGAAGUCAAAACCUGCAGCAGAGGCAGGUACCAGGAGCGCUGCGGGAAGUGUGGUGGAUGACAGCGAUGCAUCCUCAGAAUUCAAGCACUCAGACAGCGUGGACUGCUACUUGGACAGGUAUGAGCAGAAGGAGACAGACGCCACUGACCCAGUCAAAGAGCUGUGCAGUUCAGACAGCUGGGAGAGCACGUCUUCACAAAGUGGGAUGCUCUUGGCAGAUGAGAAACUGAAGGUGAAGCAGAGGGCUUACGCAAAGUUAAGGGAAAGACAACAAAACUGCAGGGAGGAGAGAGAGCAAAGUGGUGAAGAAAGCACCAGCCAGCAUGGAGACGCAACAAACAGAGUGGAUUGUAAAGGUGCCCCUGGGGUUUUGGACAUCUCAGACUCAGCCAUUCUUGCCCAGGAACUUGAACCCUAUUUGAGGUCUCUUCUCGUAAUCAAUGAUGACCUUCCUCUGAGCCCAAGACAUGAGCAAGCCAAGCGUCUCCUGGAGCGAGCACGACUCAAGGCUCGUUCCACUCAUGUUAAAGGCGAUCGCCCCUGCAGACGCUCCCAUUCUGAUCAGAGAUCCACAGCUAAGAAGCAACAAGUUGAGUCUCCCUGUGCAGCAUCAGUACAGAAAGUUGUUCAAACAAAAGAAGAUCUUACAGCUCAAACUGUAUCUGGUCCCCUCCUCGUCCCCGACCAAAAAGACACUUCCCCCAGUGAUCAGGGCAGUCGAUCCAGACGGUAUGGUUGUUCACCCACACGGGUACGCUUCGAGGAUGAAUCAGAGAAAGAGGCGGAGUCUCGGUACUUAGACAGGGUGAGACAACGAGGCAGACCUGGGAUGAAGUCCAAGAGUAAGGAAAGUAACACCGAUUCAAGCAGUAGUGGUUCAGAGAGGAGUAGAAGCCAUAGAAGUGUCUCCGUGCCUCCUGCACAGAAGCAAGAAGAUGUGGGUGUCGGUGGUGAGGCCACAACAGUGAUUAAAGAGAUAAUAGUGCUGGUGAAGAAAUGUGAGGCGUGUGGCUCUGUAAUCAGGGAACCUCAACCAGCCUCAUCACUGUCAGAUCCACAGAACAUUGAGCAACAGGUGGGCAACCCAGAGGACCCACGGGGAAAAGCAGUUCCUCGCUGGGUGCCUCCAAACAAACCAGAAGUGAGUACUCGUCCUAAGGCUCCUCUAACUGUCACUUUUGCUGGAGCUUAUGUGCUGGGGGAAAAUAAAGAGAGUAGUACAGGAUGGAAAUCUUCAGGGUUUGGGAAACUUAGGAGAAGGAGCAGGAAAGGAGAAAGCAGGCUAGAGUCUGGCCAUGGCCCUUACGGUCCGUCAUGGGCUCAGCGGCGUAACUCUAAUCCCAGGAACAGAGUGAAUUUGAGCAGAGCCGUUUCCUUCGCCCCUGGCAGUCCCAUCACUCUGGAGCCACAUUUGCUAGAGGCAUCUGGCGGAAUAAGGGAAUCACCUCCCCCUUCUCUUCCUAUAAAGUCAGCUCUGAAGUCAAGCUCAAGGAAUCGCUCUGCUGCAGGUCAGUCCACAGUGCAGUUCCAGAUUACCUCAAAUCAGGGAGGUGAAGGCACGUCUCAGCAUUCAGCCCUCAUAGACUCACCAGAGGCUAGGAGGGAGUCCCCAGUGUCAUUAACCCAAGGGACGCCUGCAACAAGCAGCCCAGUGCCCUGUAUCAGGCCCUCCACUCUGAGGUACUCACCAGCCCGGCUCACCACAGAUAUGCCAGCUGCUGAAGUCUGGGAUGCCACUCCAGAUGGAGCAGCAGGUCUGAGUGGAGACACUGGUCCUGGUUCGGAGUGUCGUACCGCUCUGCGCGGCCUGGCUAUGUCUCGGGCUGAGGAUCUUAGAGCCGAGCUGUUGAGAGCAGAGCAUCUGAAAGCUGAGGCCAUAUGGGAGGAAAACUCUGAUGGGUCCAGAAAGCUGGAUGGACGGCCAAAGCUCUUCCUGCGUCGCUUCUUUUCCUCCAUUGGUUUGAACAGUGUUGGUAGACUAGUGAAAGGAGGCCGCUCCAGCAGUAUGGAACAGCUCAGUAUCCCCACUGCACCCCGGGCCAGCUCAACUUCCCCAAGCCCCACACGCAGACCACAGCCCACCAUCCGCAUACAGAGGACACCCUCUCUGCAGACCUUGAACACGGUGCUGCCACUGGCCCAACUGCGCAAAGCCUCCUCUGUUCAGAGUUUAGAGAGGAGAACAGAGCGUACAACAAUAUUGGGAGAAGUGCAGAUACCAUAUGGCCUGGCACCCAGCCCUGAUAGCCCUCAGCUGGAGCUUCACAGGGCCUUGAGUGUUGAAGACAUACUUGCCUCCAGAAUAGUGCGUCCAGUAGGCCGGGUCACUCAGGCUUUUCCUGAUGGGUCCCUCCUCCUGGAGCUCAUUAGACCCCCAAAUGGUCCUUUUGGUUUUGUCAUCUCAAGGGGCAAAGGUCGACCUGACACAGGUGUAUAUGUCGAGAAAGUGGGUGAUGGUAGUGGUGAAGGCCCUUAUGUAGGUCUCCUGGGCAUUGGCGAUGAAAUUCUACAGGUAAAUGGAGAGGCUGUGGCUGGACUCAGUCUGGACCAGGUGACACGGCUCAUGACACGGGAAAGCAUUGCUUCUCUUCGGAUAAUGCCGGCCCGACGCAACCAGCGCUGAAUGGGAAGAUGGGCAUGGCACACAGCCAUUUCUCCAGUAGCUGUGGAUUAUAAUUGGCCACUGCAAACACUGCUGAUGGACUAUAAAGUAUUGUAGAUAGUCAGUGUAUAUUUCAGGGCAGUUUCAUAUAGCAAAACGGCUACAUGUGAUAACAGGGUUAGAGGUUCAUUUCACAUGAAUGUAACCUGAACAAUAUGACACUACAAGGGACUUUGGAUUAAAAUGGCAAAUGGUUAAAAAUAACAAAUCUAAAACCAAACAAAUGCGCUAGAGUGGACUAGUUAGAAACUGGAUUAGAGAAUAUUGUGAUUCUAAUUCAAAAGUAACACCAGUGAUACUGAUUAAAACCCAGAAUGACUUGUUUUUGAGCAUGACUUUGUGUUUCAUUGUCAUAUUUGGAUUAUUAGGAGUAAUUUCAUCCAAUAUAUAUAUGUUUAUCCCCAUCCUAAAAUCUCUCCAAAUCAAACUCUCUCCAAAUUAAUAAAAGUGACACAUUUUAAUUAGGAAAACAAAGGGGCUACUUUUGCCUGCAUUUUGACAUUUUGACUGCCCUUUUACUCAUGUGAUGUUCUAAUUGUGAUUUAUUUUGCUUUUUGAUAGUUACAACACACAGAGUGAGACACCAUACUGUUCAGUGAGGGUGUGGAACCGUGUUGUGUCACAUGUUUUCAGUUUUAUACAUCCUCAAUAAUCUUGUUUGAUUAUUUCAGGUGAUCAGGAUGUGCCACACAUUUUAUCUUUUGCUCACAAGACCCUCAAACCACGAGCUAUUUGCACAAGCACAAUAUUUCAUUUUUAAAAAAAAAGAAAUAUGGCAUCCUCCUCUGGAUCACAAAUAUGUCUGAGCAAAAAAGCAAAUACUCGUUUCUUCUUUUCAGUCACGUGCUGUAUCGCCUAUUCCUCCAUGAGAUUGA